AUGGCCAGUGAGCGGACCUCGGCCGUCGCUGCAAAGGUGGCCAACGGCGAUGUGGAGGACGAGUCCCCAACGGCAACUAAAUCUUCUGCCGAGGAUCGCAAGGCCGCCUCAGCUCUCGCCAGCCUUGAUGCCAACAACGACGACUCCUCUGCAGCGAAGAACAUCGAUCAAGAUGCAGUCAAUAAAGCCAUGAAGAGCCUCGGUAGCGGAACAGGGUCCAGCUCUUCGACGCAAGCAGUUGCCAAGAACGUCAAGGUCGACGCCGCCGACGUCGCCCUCAUCGUCGAGCAGCUGGAGCUGAGCAAAGCAAAGGCCACGGAGCUCCUCAAGGCGCACGAUGGGGACGCCGUGAGGGCCAUGACUGCAUUUGUCCGGGCCUAA